AUGGUCUUCCACUCUGCCAACGCUAAGAAAGCGACCAAAGUCAUCAAGGGUAACAAAUGCCCCACGUGCGGCGCGAACGUGUCUCGCGCUACAGAUCUUUCGCGCCAUAUGUUGAUCCAUUCGCCUCACCGUCGUGAGAUGAUGCACCAGUGUCCCUGGAAGGGUUGCGGAUACGCGACGCUCCAGAAGGCCAACCUCAAUACACACAUCAACACCAAACACACGCAUGCUAAGAGGUUCCCUUGCCAAGUCUGCCCUAAGACCUUCAACGACCAGUCGGCGGCCAUCCGCCACCGCAGGGGCAUCCACAACAUGGACACUCGUGCAUUCCGUCGGUUCUGCGCGAUGAAGGACAGCGACUCGGGCUACGAGUCUGAUUCGCCCUCGCGUACCCCCAAGCUGGAGCUCGACAUGUCCGAACUUCUCACAUUCGACGCGCCUUCUGAGCCUCAGAGCGCCCCCGUCGACGUUAGCAUCGACACGUUCGCCGUUCAGACUCACGUCAAAGCCGGAACCUCCGCUACUCCUGAGGUCUACGCCCCCGGCCCGACGACUACAGUCCACCCGACCGAUCUCGCGAUGCUCGAUGCGUUCUGGUCUCAGGAUGGGCAGACCAGUUCGGAUGUAUAUUGCUUCAACGCCCCAGCGCCCACUCCUAUGACUCCCAGGAGCGCGGUGCUCCCCAUGCCCGAGAGCUACCUGCCAUCGUCGCUCGACACGACUAGUGGCUAUGUCUACGGCAACAACGACUUCAUCAACACCCAGUAUUCCGAUGUAUCUUACGCUACUCAGGCCCAGAGCUCGUCGUACGGAUAUGGCAACGCCUUCGACAACAACGCGUUCGACUACUCUGCUCCAUCAUACGCCUUCACUCAGUCGCAGCAGCCUCAGCAACCGCAGUUCGACUUCAACUUCGGCGUCCCUGCACCAGCAUCGACGGCGGUGCCCGAGGGCAACUACGACUUCGAUUCGCAGGACCUCGAGUACUACCUUACCCUCGAGUACCUUCGUCAGCAGCAGCAGCCGGAACAGUGGCCUAUCUGCUAA